UUGCUUGAUUCUCCCUUUCCUCGACAAUGGGCAUUUUCUCGGAAGAAACGCAGAAGACAUCGGUCACUCACUAUGUCGACCGGCUUUCCAACUAUGACGAAAUAGAGUGGUAUCAGUUUCAACAGCUCUCAGAAGUUAUUCUCAUACAAGAAAAUGGGCCACGGGAAGCAGUGGAGGCCGUUAGGAAGCGUCUGAAGCACGGUACUUCUCAGCAAAAGAUCCGGGUUCUUGAAGUUCUUAAAUUGCUCAUGGAGAACAGUAACCAGCGGUUCCAUCGUCAGCUGACAUCCAACGAAAAGAUGCGCGAACGUAUCGAGAUCAUAAUUACCAGUCCGACGGAAGACAUGGAGCUUCGAAAGGAAUUGGUGUCGUUACUCGGAACUUGGUCUGCUAAAUAUAAGGAUGAGCCAGGUAUGCGCGCUAUCGCAGACUUAUACGAACUUGGAAGGUCCAAACUGGGUCUUGGAUCGUCACGACGGCCAAAGUCCCGCAGUGUGUCUUCUAGACCACCGCAAUCGCCUGUUCAAGUAUCUCCAUCUGCCCCAACCACAUCCAAUAUUAUUGAUGUUGCAGACGAUAUACCACCACCACAACCCGUUCGUGCUCCUCAGCAACCUCCUCCGACUAAGGAACAGAAACGGCGCUCGCUCCCUCCUUCAAAACCUGCUGCAGCAAAAACAAAGCCAAGAAGCAACACCGUCAACUCACCACAACAAUCUGGUAGUCGCUUCAAUUUCCAAACUGCAAAACCGAAAAUCAUCGAGCAGAUUGCUCUUGCUAAUCAGAACUGCAAUAAUUUGAUGAAUGCGCUCAAGUUAAUCAACACCGAAGAGGACCGAUGGGAAGUGGAGCUCCAGCAUGAUGCUCGCAUUCAAGAAUAUGUUGAAAAGUGUGAAGAGAGCAAAAAGAAGAUCGUCCGAUAUACUAGAUUGGUUGAGGAUGAGGACUGGAUAGGUACGCUUCUAGCUACAAACGAAGACCUACUUAAAGCUCUUCAAGCGUACGAAAUGAUGAGUAUUGGUGAAGCUCCGGCGCAAAUGCCAUCUCCUACUGCCAUGCAAUCAGCUCCUCCUCCACAACCACCACGUCCCGGCCCUUAUCAAACAUCUUCGUCUACACCCCCACCUAAUGAUGCACCUGUUGACAUCUCUGGAAUGCAUAUAUCUAUUCCUCCACCGCCGUCCAUGCCAGCUAGACCUGAUCCUGCAGAUCCAUUCGCAGAUCCAUUUGCUGAUCCAGAAACCCCUAUUGAGGAAUAUCCUCGCCAUCGCGACUAAUGUAUGAAGUGAAUUGAAUAUAUAUGAUUCGGUAAUCACUGUAUGCAGUGUUGACGGAUUGUGAUCAGAAGCUACCUAUCCCCAUGUUAUUUUUGUUACGGCUUUUAUCUUCCCCGAAUUGCUGGUCUUCUCUUUUGCCUUUCUACACUCUCAGAUUUCUACAUAGUUGUAUAUCCAACAUUGAGUCCCUAAACUGUCUCUUCAGUUUUUUGUGCUCGUUUUCUUUGCCUCACGUAUUAUUAAAAUUCUACUUUACGGACGGGUUUAUUUUUGCUCGCAAACAUA